GAAUGCUGUCGCGCCUGGUAGUGCCUCUGGCGGCGCUCCUCAGCCUGUGCCUUGGCUCCAGUGCGCACGGAGCGGAACUGCCUAGCCCUUCAUCUGUGUGGUUUGAAGCAGAAUUUUUCCAGCAUAUCCUCCACUGGACACCCAUCCCUAAUCAGUCCGAAAGCACCUACUAUGAAGUGGCACUCCUGAAGUACGGAAGACAGCCCUGGGAAAACGUCACCAGCUGUAGGGGUGCCCUGGAGUUCUGUGAUCUCACCGCAGCCACCCUGGACCUGUACCACAACAACGGUUACCGGGCCAAGGUCCGGGCAGUGGAUGGCAGGCGGCACUCCAAUUGGACUAUCACCCAAACCCGCUUUUCUGUGGAUGAAGUGACACUGACGGUUGGAAGCGUGAAGCUAGAGGUGCACGAGGACUCCAUUCUUGGGACAAUCCAGCCCCCCAGGCCCCAGAUGGCCCCUGAAGGUGAUACGUAUGAAAACAUCUUCAGUCACUUCCGCCAGUAUGAGAUUGCCAUCCGCAAGGUGCCAGAAAACUUUCCGUUGAGAACGAAGAAGGUCAAUCAUGAAAAUUUCAACAUCACAGCCUCAGGAGAGGUGGGAAAGUUCUGUGUCAUAGUGAGGCCAUCUGUGGCCUCCCGGACGAACAAGGGGGUCUGGUCGGAGGAGCAGUGCAUCGUCCUCACCAAGCAGUAUUUCACUGCGACCAACCUCAGCAUCUUCUUCUCCUGUGUCCUGCUGCUCUGUGGAGCCCUGGUCUACUGUCUGACCCUCCAGCUAUAUGUGCGGCGCCGGAGGAAGCUGCCUUCGGUCCUGGUCUUCGAGAAGCCCAGCCCCAUUGGCGCUGUGAACCAGCCUCCCUGCCCAGACAUCGUCUACCUGCUUGAUGAGGAGGCCUUCCCGAAGGUGUCCCCAGAGCUAAGGAACUCAGACCUGCAUGGCAGCACAGACAGUGGCUUUGGCAGUGCCAARCCAUCCCUGCAGACUGAAGAGCCCCAGUUUCUCCUCCCUACUCCCCACCCCCAGGCCUGUGGGGCUCUGGGAACGGAGGUCCCCACAGAGCUACAGGACAGCUGCAGUAGUGGCAGCAGCAGUAGCACAGACAGUGGGAUCUGCCUGCAGGAGCCCUGCCUGUGCCCUGGCAGGGGGCCCACCUGGGAGCAGCAGGUGGAGAAAGCCAGCCAGGGCCAGGAUGACAGUGGCAUUGGCCUAGUCCACAGCUCUGAGGCGCAGCCAGGGGAUGCACAGGACGGCUCUGCCUUGGGCCCGGUCAGUCUCCUGAGGCCUGAGGUGCCCGAGGAGGAAGACCCAGCCGUGGUGGCAUUCCAGGGCUACCUGAAACAGACCAGGUGCACAGAAGAGAACGCAGCCACAGCAGGUGGCCUGGAGGAAGAGGCGCCCUUGACAGACAGCCUUGGCCCCCAGGUCAGGACGUGCCUGGAUGCCAAGGCAGACUGGCCUCCGCCAGCCUUGGCCAAGGGCUAUGUAAAACAGGAUCCUCCAGGAGUGACUGUGGCUCCCUCAGAUGGCCCUGCCGGACAGUGGAACCAACUGCCUGAGGAAUGGCCACUCCUGGGCUUGACCAGCUGUGGUGACCUGGGAACAGCUGACUGGAGUUUUAUCCAUGACCUUGCCCCUCUGGAAUGUGUGGCAGCCUCAGGAGGUCCCCUGGGCUGCUUUGAUUCAGACAUGGUCACCUUGCCACUGAUCUCCAGCCUGCACUCGAAUGAGUGACCUGGGCUCAGGGCUGCUUUUGGUUUCAGUCAUGCCUGUGCCUCUGUCUGGAUCAGGCAGGCCAGGCUGGGCAUUUUUCUGCAAGCCUAUCGGGGCCAGCCCUGGACAGGCCCUACAGGACAGGAGGAGACUCUCUCGCUGGAGUAGCGCAAGGCACGAGGUUGGCAUUGGCCUGUGCUGCUCAAUGGGGCCCUGCAGACUCUAGCAGCACUAAGGGCGGGGCAAAGACCUCCCCUCCUUGGGACUCCUUCCUGUGCUGUCAAGGGUUCUGUGCUCAGGGGAACCUCAGGGGGUUCUGGAGUCGUAGUGAGGCUGCCAGGUUGCAGUCCGCUCAGACCCUGAUGCCUCCUUCAGGCUAGUGAGGCAUCAGAGCCUCCUGCAGGUUGGAGUGCUAAGAAAAUGGAGUUUCAGGGACUCGCUGGAGGGGUCAUUUCUGGGGAGAGAAGGCAGGAGCAGAGGCUGAGCUUGAUCUCUAGUGUGGUGGCAGGGAGAAGCUCCCCCACAGGGAGGUGUCUGGACUGGUCAGACCACCAGCCUUCAGGUGACCUCUGGGCUUGGGCAUCAACUCAGGAGAUCACCAGAGAGACAGGGCUGGGACUUGCACCUGUGCUUGCUGCUCAUGUCUAGCCACAGACCCAGAGGUCAGGGCCCUGGGCUGGGAACCUGCAUGCUUGGUGUUCAGUCAUGUGAUCCUGGGCCAGUCACCUCUCAGAGGGCUUCAGUUUCCUCAUCUGCAAAAUAAGGACUCAAUCUUUAGAGGGUCUCUGUGCUGGAUGUUAGCCAAGAUGGCCCUGGGGGUGACAUUUCAGACCCUGUCCAACUCAGUGCUGGGAGGAAAUCGACUCUGGAACAAAUCUUCCCAGUGAGCUUCCUGCUCACUGCAAGGGCUAAUAGUUCUAGCAUCAGUCUGUGGGAUCAUCCUUGGAGAACUGCCCAUCUCUGAGGUCCAGAGGGAUAGGUGUGGGCUCUGCGUCCCCACUAUCCAUUUGAAAUCUGUCUUCAAAUAAAGGCCAUUGACAGUCCCCAGACAGGAUGCUGGGAAGAAGGGCAUGCCUUCCCAAGCUACCUCCUGGCCCUGAAUUUCUCUGUGGAAUUUUGAAAACAGGCCUUCUGGCCCAGGGAACCCACCCAUGGCCCCUGCCACUCUGCCAAGCAGCUCCUGGGUACCAGCCUGAUAAGUGAAGCCCCUCUGGCAACAUGCUCAGGAGAGGAUUCCUCAGGGUUUCCUUGACAGCUUAUUUAUUUAUUUUGCUCCUUUAUUUAUUGAAGAGGCAGCA